AGAAAAUGGCCACUUCUUCUCUUCAAUCCCCAAUAGCCAAAAAGCUAGAAGGUAAGGUAGCAAUUAUAACAGGUGGUGCUAGUGGCAUAGGAGCAGCCACAGCUACACUUUUUGUUCAACAUGGUGCAAAAGUAACAAUUGCAGAUAUCCAAAAUGAUGUUGGAAAUUCAGUAGUAAAAGAAAUUGGAACAGAACACAUAAUGUUUGUCCAUUGUAAUGUGGCGAUUGAAUCAGACGUUCAAAAUGUUGUAGAUGCAACUGUUGCCAAAUUUGGUAAGCUCGACAUAAUGUUUAGUAACGCUGGUGUAGCUGGUAAGUCAAUUUCUAGCAUCUUAGAGGUAGAUUCCGACAUAAUUAAGAACGUGUUCGAUGUAAAUGUUGUUGGAGCCUUCUUAUGUGCGAAACAUGCUGCUAGAGUGAUGAUUUCAGCCAAUACAAAAGGUUCCAUUAUAUUCACAACAAGUGCUUCGACAGUGGUCCAUGGUCUUGUCCCGCACGCAUAUGCGGCAUCAAAAAGUGCAAUUUUAGGCCUCUCCAAGAACAUCGGAGUCGAAUUAGGAAAAUACGGAAUAAAAGUUAAUUGUGUUUCUCCUUAUUACAUUAGUACACCAAUUGCAUUGAACGCGCUAGGAAUAGUUGAGAGAGAAAUGGGGGAGAAAUGGUUUGCGGAAGGAGGAAAUUUGAAAGGAGUUUUAUUAGAUGAACAAGAUGUGGCAAAUGGAGUAUUGUACUUGGCAAGUGAUGAUUCUAAAUAUGUAAGUGGUUUGAACUUAGUUAUUGAUGGUGGUUAUAGCACUACUAAUGUGGCUUUAGGUGAGGCCUACAAGAAAUUGUUCCCAUCAGCUACUACCAACCAAGUAAUGCAAAUUCUUUAUUAAACUCACGAAGACUUCAACCCAUCACCAUUUUCUAUCCCUACAAUUGUCAUUAUAUAUCUUACUUUAUGUACAAGUUCUUCCCUUUUUUACUUGUAAUACCUGUGAUCUAUUGGAAUAUAAUGAUCUCCAAUCUAA